AUGCCAACCCCAAACACUUCCAGUUCCUCAGCCAAAGGUUUCCGGAGGGCAGUGUCAGAGCUGGACUCCAAGCAAGCUGAAGCUAUUCUGUCACCACAGUUCAUUGGUAGAAGACAGAGCCUCAUUGAAGAUGCCAGGAAGGAGAGAGAAGCUGCUGCUGCUGCUGCUGCUGCUGCAGCUGCUGCUGCUGCAUCUGAGACUGCUGAGUCCAAGGAAACCAUUGUCUUUGAAGAAAAAGAUGGGAUGGCCAUGUUGAAUCUUCUAUUCACACUCAAAGGAACCAAGACUUCGUUGCCAUCCCGGGCACUUAAAGUCUUUGAGACAUUUGAAGCCAAAAUUCAUCAUCUCGAAACAAGGACCAGCAAGAAACUACGUGAAGGAGCCACAGAUCUGGAAUACUUUGUGCGCUGUGAGCUUCGCUGCUCUGACCUGAGCACACUCCUCAGUUCUCUGAAAAGGGUUUCAGAAGAUGUAAGGAGCACGAAAGAAGACAAGUUUCAUUGGUUUCCAAGAAAAAUCUCUGAGCUGGAUAGAUGUCACCAUUUGGUUACUAAGUUCGACCCUGAUCUGGAUCUGGAUCACCCAGGAUUCUCUGACCAAGUAUAUCGGCAACGAAGGAAAAUGAUAGCAGAAAUUGCCUUCCACUAUAAGCAAGGUGACCCAAUUCCACGUGUGGAAUACACCGCAGAAGAGACCGCUACCUGGAAGGAGGUGUACAGUACACUGAAGAGUCUGUAUCCUACUCAUGCCUGUAAAGAACACCUGGAUGCCUUCCAUUUACUGGAGAGAUACAGUAGUUACAGUGAAAAUAACAUCCCUCAACUGGAAGAUGUCUCCCAAUUCCUAAAAGAGAGAACUGGGUUCCAACUCCGACCUGUGGCUGGACUGCUAUCUGCUCGUGACUUCCUAGCCAGUUUGGCCUUCAGGGUAUUCCAGUGCACACAGUAUAUCCGUCAUUCAUCCUCUCCCAUGCACUCCCCAGAGCCGGAUUGCUGCCAUGAACUUCUGGGACAUGUUCCAAUGCUGGCAGACAAAACGUUUGCACAGUUCUCCCAGGACAUUGGCCUCGCGUCCUUGGGAGCAACAGAUGAGGAGAUUGAAAAACUCGCCACACUUUACUGGUUCACGGUGGAGUUUGGUCUCUGCAAACAGAACGGAAUCAUCAAAGCGUACGGAGCUGGGCUUCUCUCUUCCUAUGGGGAGCUAAUACAUUCUUUGUCAGAUGAACCAGAGCUGCGGGACUUUGACCCUGAUGCAACCGCUGUGCAGCCCUAUCAAGAUCAGACCUACCAACCUGUUUAUUUUGUAUCAGAGAGCUUCAGUGAUGCCAAAACUAAACUCAGGUAA